CAUCCCCGGUCGUCCAGCCUAGGCGAUGGGCUACCGGCGAAGGUGGUGAACGGGUGUUACUUUCGUUGGCGGCACACCCCCGAUCUCAAGAUGAUAAAAUCGCUCUUCAUUACGGGCUCGACCGGAGAUGUUUUGAUCGAACGCCAUUGGCGCGGCGUGACACCUCGAAGUGUAUGUGAUUUCUUUUGGGAUGAGGUGAAUAAGUGUGACCAGCGAACUGAGGUGCCUCCAAUCUUGUACCGGCCGAAGCAUUAUUUAGUGUCGAUUUUCCGAGAAGAUGUAUAUGUGAUUGCAACAUUGGCCAAAGACGUGGCCCCGCUUCUAGUAAUUGAAUUUUUGCACCGGAUUAUUGAUAUUUUUGUUGAAUACUUCGGGGCCGCAGAUGAGGGCUCAAUCAAAGACAACUUCUCUGUGGUCUAUCAGCUCCUCGAGGAAAUGUUGGACAACGGAAAUCCCUUGAUGACCGAACCAAAUGCAUUAAAAGCAAUGAUUAAGCCGCAGUCUGUCAUGGGUCGGCUGCAGGCUGUCGCAACGGGGAGAUCAAAUGUGAGCGAUGUAUUGCCUGAUGGGACCAUCUCAUCCAUGCCCUGGCGCAAGUCGGGCGUCAAGUACGCACAGAACGACAUCUACCUCGACAUAGUGGAAGAGGUGGACGCAAUUGUUGAUCGGAAUGGACAGGUAGUGUCAUCAGAGGUGACAGGGGCCAUAAUGGCAAAUUCUCGACUUUCGGGCAUUCCAGACCUAUGCUUGAGUUUUGUAGAUCCAGAGGUCAUCGACGACUGCUCAUUUCACCCCUGCGUGCGAUACAAUAGAUUUGUCAUGGUCGUAUCCAGAUACAGAUAGGUCAGAAGCAGACGUCCUCGCUUGUCAUCCCUAAUCGCAAAGGGUCUUUGCUCAUUGAGGAUGUGACCUUGUCUAUCCUGUUUCCAAAAUGUGUCAAGACCGCCACCUUAUCUGCGACCAUAGGAACAGUCCUCUACGAUGAAGCCACUAAAGUAGCGAAAUGGACUGUGGGCAAGCUAACCAUGACCGGAAAUAGGGCACCCCAGCUCACUGGGUCAAUGGUGAUUCAGGGUGCUCUCGAGGAGCUGCCCCCAAUUCAGGUGACAUGGAAAGUCCCAAUUGCCUCCGUAUCUGGCAUUCAGAUAGCGGCUCUUCAACUCACUAACGAGCGCUAUCGCCCGUAUAAGGGUGUUCGCACCAUCACAAAGGCCGGACGAUACCAAGUCCGCGCCUGACUUGGCGUCUUGUACAGUCUCAACCACCAACGCCCCUAAUUAUUUGCAAGCUGGUGGGAUCUGUCCGAUUUUCCUGCGGGUGGAGAUUCCAAUCACGAGUGGUCUAUCACGAGCCACGAACAGGCAGGAGCACCUUUAGUUUGUGAGCUUGAUUCCGGAAACCCACCUCACUGUAGAUUACACUUGGACACGAGAACCCAACGGGACUUAGCGCUAAGUUCGCGACU